GCCUCCGCUUUCGGUUUCGCGCCAAGACGAAAGCAGGUUGCAGAGAAGAAGAUGGGAGUGCUGUGCUUCGUGGCGGACCUGCCGGCGUUGCCGCCGGAAUCGCUCCGCCGCCUGAAGCAGUGCUGGUUGCAGCUCGCCAACUACUGCGCGGUCGCUCCUCCUCCCUCGCCUCCGUCGCGAUCGGCCGCCGCCAUCGGAGAUAGGAUCGCCCUGUGCUACGUCCUCUUCGAUCGGCUCGCCGCUUCUCACCACCUGAAGGUCGCGUAUAGCCCCGGAGAGAGCUUCGAUGUGUGCGCGUUCCAUCGCGCCGUCGGGAGCAUGCCUGCGGAUGCCUUUGUUCCCGAUUCCCCAAGUCUCUCUCGCUGCGAUGCGAAGCUCCCAAGCCUCCUUUCCGAUGAAUCUAUCUACUCCUGGUCCAGCGAGGACGUGGCCAGAAAAAUAGUUGUUGUCACCUCUUUCUUACCUCCGGAGAUGGACCCCGCGCUUCACGACUCGCUCAUGGAUGCGGCGGAUAGAUGUGUUUCGGUCGAGUUCUUGGUGUUGGAGACAGGGUCUAUCCAUCUUCAGCACACGCAGGAAAAUACGAGCAGAUUCGUCCGAUCCAUCUCUGAUCUGGACAACUGCUCCGUCUCAGCUUGUCUCCCAGACGCAAGAGUUUUGGAUGGUAUGACAAAAAGGUGGCUACAAUACGUAAGAGAUCAAGUGGAAGAGUCAAUGCAAGCUCGCUUUACCUUCAAUAAUGAUCUCGUAGGCUCUGUGAACCAGAUAUCCUGCAACCUUUCUAUCUCUAGCUAUCAAAUAAUUGAUGGCUUCAGUUCCUGCCAGACAGGCAACUGGCAUGAAAUCAUCAAAGAGGAAGUACUGCAGAGAAAGAUAGGGAAUAAUCUCAAAGUUGGAGAGGGAAGAAUCCUCCUCAAACCUUCUUCAUUGAACUCUAUGAAGAGUCAGCUAGUUUGUUCACCAAUUGAUUUCAAAGUCAUUGAGAGGACAAAUUUGAGUUCUCUCAGUGAAGGUGCCCUGAUUGGAACUCCCCAUGUGGCAAUUCCAUCUGCUGGUCCAGAGAUAGGAACAGCCUCAUCUGGAAAUAAUUUGGAGUUAAAUACUGAAAUCUUUCAAGGGCUUUGCUGGGUUUUACAAUCACUGGACCAGGGGUUGGUAUGUUCUUCAAAUUAUAACACGGAAACCAUGAAGACCUCCAUAUUCCCCUGUUAUUAUAUACUUCAGCCUUCAGAUAAUGGACCAAUGCUAUUAAGGCGUCUGGCUGGAUUGGAGGAAGUCUUGCCAUUGCCAGAUAUUGAUAAAUAUCUCAGUUGUUCCGUGUCAAAGGAAACUGAGGGUGCCAUUAAAGCCUCUAUUCUGAAGAUGGAAUCGAGAGACUACAAUCCGAUCCUGCACGACAGAGGCUUCCAUCAAAGAAUGAAUUUGCUCAUCGAACAAAGAUCAGAAUUUGGAUCAGUACCACCAGAAUCAAAGGGGACUUCUUCUGAAUCUAAAUCCAGCCAACCCAAAAUGUCAGAUGCUGCUGUUCCUGCACCUGAAGAGCUAAAACUGGAAAUUCCAGUCGUAGAAGGGGAGCCUCCACAAUCACCAACGAAGUGCACAGCUGCAGAAGAAUGGGGCCAUCUGCUUGUCAUUGAGAUGCCCAAAGUACUCACUCCUACUUGUAUCUCAAAACGCACAUCGGAGUCCACCGAAGUGAUAGACCUCUCUGCAGGAGACGGCCUUGUGCACAAUGAUGCUAAAAUAUCGAGGAUAUUAGAGAGACUGGAGGCGCCAAGACAGUCGAACCCAACAGCAACUUCACCCAACAUUGCCAGCAAACUCCUUGCGGAUCCAUGUUUUUCGGUCUUGACCCCAAAGAAGUCUCCAAGGCUCACUCAUGUUGCCGAGCAAGGUUUUGGCGGGAACCAACUGAUAAGACCCAGCUUCAAUUCAAAAAGGAAACGCCAAUGAGGAAGAGAGGCCUGCUUUUCCGUAAGACUGCAUCCUUUGUUUUGAGUGCUGUUGAGCUUGAUCAGAUUCUCGAUUCGGCAACUCUGAUUACUGAAUUCAUUUGCUGCAAAGCAUUACAUAUUGUACCCCCAAACUCGGCCAUGGGAAGCAACUGAGUAGGAGUAGGAUGCACGCUUAUUUGACCUAUUUCAAA